CCCGCCUGCCUCCAGACGCGGAAGUGAAGACGGGCGGACGGGCGGCAGGACCAGAGCAGGCGCAGGGAAGAAGAGGGGCCGCAGCAUGGCGCCGGCGGGGCUCAAGGCCGUCGUGGGAGAGAAGAUACUGAAUGAUGUAAUACGCAGCAUGAAGAAGGAAGGAGAAUGGAAGGUCCUUGUUAUGGAUCAUACCAGCACACGUAUUCUGUCGUCCUGCUUUAAGAUGUCAGAUCUCCUGGCUGAAGGAAUCACAAUUAUUGAAGACAUUAACAAGCGUCGAGAACCCCUCCCCAGCCUAGAAGCCAUCUAUUUGAUCAGUCCCAUUGAGACGUCUGUGCAUGCUCUGAUAAACGACUUCAAAAGCACCCCAACUUUUGCAUACAAGGCUGCCCAUGUCUUCUUCACUGACACCUGUCCUGAAAAUCUUUUUAAUGAGCUCAGCAAGUCCAAAAUCACCAAAGCUAUCAAAACUCUCAAGGAAAUCAAUGUUGCUUUUCUUCCAUAUGAAUCACAGGUGUAUACCCUGGAUCACCCCCAAAGUUUCCAUCAUCUCUUCAGUCCAUACUGCAGGGAAGAUAAGAACAAACACUUAGAGCGGAUGGCGGAGCAGAUUGCUACCUUGUGUGACACCUUGAAGGAGUACCCCUCAAUUCGCUACAGGAAUGGCUCUGAAGACUGCGUCCUGCUGGCUCAUGCUGUGUUAGCAAAACUGAAUGCUUUCAAAGCCGACAACCCCACUAUGGGAGAGGGCCCUGACAAAUCUCGCUCACAGCUUCUGAUUGUCGACCGGAGCUAUGACCUUGUGUCCCCACUUCUGCAUGAGCUCACUUUCCAAGCCAUGGCCUAUGACUUGCUCAACAUUGAGAAUGACACUUAUCGGUAUGAAUCCACAGGCAUCAGUGACUCAAGAGAAAAAGUGGUACUCUUGGAUGAGGAUGAUGACCUGUGGCUGCAACUCCGCCACAUGCACAUUGCUGACGUUUCCAAGAAAGUGACAGAGCUGCUGCGUACCUUCUGUGAGAGCAAGAGACUUACCACUGACAAGGCCAACAUUAAGGACCUGUCUCAGAUCCUGAAGAAAAUGCCCCAGUACCAGAAGGAACUUCACAAGUAUUCUACGCAUCUACACCUGGCAGAGGACUGUAUGAAUAGCUUCAAGGGCACAGUGGAGAGGCUAUGCAACGUGGAGCAGGACCUAGCUACAGGUUCAGAUGUUGAAGGGGAGAAAGUUAAAAAUGCAAUGAAGACGAUUGUGCCAAUUGUCCUGGAUGCCAGCGUGACGGCGUUAGAUAAGAUUCGCAUUAUCCUGCUUUGCAUCUUCCUCCAGAAUGGCAUCAAUGAAGAGAACCUAACCAAGCUCAUCCAACAUGCCAAUGUUCAGCCGGAGAAAGACAUCCUUUACAACAUGAACUGUCUGGGUGCCACCAUCAUGCCAGAGGAUGCUGGUGGACACAUGAAGCCUGUAAGGAAAGUGCGGCUGGAGCCCACCUACCAGCUCUCCCGAUGGAUCCCCAUUCUUAAGGAUGUAAUGGAGGAUGCCAUUGAGGACAAGCUAGACAAGAAAAUGUGGCCCUAUGUGUCUUGCCCAGCUCCGGGUCCUUCCUCACAAGCUGCUGUGAGCAGUGCCCGCUUUGGUCAUUGGCACAAGACCAAGACAGCAACGGAGUACCGAACUGGCCCCCGCCUCAUCCUGUAUGUGCUGGGUGGAGUUACCAUGUCAGAGAUGCGCUGUGCCUAUGAAGUCACAGAGGCCACUGAUGGGAAGUGGGAAGUGCUGAUCGGUUCCUCUCAUGUCUUGACCCCCAAGCAGUUCCUGGAGGAUGUGCGCCAUCUGACAGAGCAAGCUCCACUGAAGUCCUAAGCCCAUCGGUGGCUCUCUAAAGAGACUUGCUGACAGAAGUUCUAUUUAUCUGCCCAGAUGAAGUUUUUCUCAAUGACAUGUUUUCUCUCACAUGCCAAUGUUUUGCUUCUGUCCUUCUAAGACUGGCCCUCAGCCUGACCCUUCUUUCAGUUUGGAAUGAACCUGACACUGUGGAAACCAUAUGCAAGUCAAAGAGGAGGGCCCAGUCUUUUCUUAGGAGUCUUUUAUUUCUCACGGUGGUGAGGUAUCUGGUUGCACUUUAUUUUUCUCUUUCCCUAUUUCCCCCAACCCCUGCUCCAAAAAUGAGGAAGAAGAGAGCAGCAGUUGUAUGUCUAAUGGAGAUAAAUUUAUCUCUCUACCACUGUAAUUAUUUGCUUUCUCAAGUUUAAGAGGGAUCAGGGGGAGCUUUCCAGGAACUUGGUCCAUUUUCCACCUAAAUGUAACCUUUGGAGUUGGCCUCCAGCAAUGUUUGGUUCCGAACCCUAGAAGAUUAUUUGUGGUAUGGUUUUGACAAAGUGUUAGAAGGGGCCAUUCACCCCCAGCAGGGGAAAAGCCGAAAUAAUCAAAGCAGUCGCUAUCCCCAAAUGCCCAGUUUUGUGAGCUUCAAAGCUGUACUGACAACUGGGAUGAAACAAGAAUGGUUUGCUUCUUUCAAAAGAAACAGGAAGAUGUAUAUACUACAGCUGGUGUGUUGCAAGAUGUAUAUAACUCUGCAAAAAAAUCCCAUGGUCUUAAAAAUAAAAGUGAAAAUAAAA